UCCUUCCUUCAGAGAGGGAGAGAGAAAGAGAGAGAGAGGGAGCGUGUCGUCGGGAGGGCAGCGCCGCCUACUUGCAUGCAUAAAUACACCAGCAAACCAACUAGAGAAUUGGUUCGUCGUCCCCGGGCAACGGCGACCCCUCCACCCCAGCCUCCUCCCUAUCCAGGCCGGCGAUGGAUCGAUUGAAGAGGCUGUGCAAGGUGCUCGGGUCCAACUACCAGGAGCGGCUGGAUGAGCUGGGGAUAGCGGCGGGGCACAAGGAGAUGGACGAGAAAACAAGCAAGGCCCUCGAGCAAACAAUCGGGGAACUCGAGAAAGCCAAGGAAGCCAGGUUCUCCGAGCUUCAAGCCUUGGGGUUGAAGCUUCGAGACCUGUGGAAGUUCCACAAUACUGGUCCAGAAAAUAUCUUGGAGUUUGCCGAAGCCUUUGCUUGCAUAGAUGCUGAAUCCGCAAAUGAAUUGACCAAUGAGAAGUCACUUUCCAUGGAACUUAUCAAUAAAGCAACUGAAGAGAUUAACAUCUUGGAGGCUUCUAUGGUUGCCAAACAGAAGAACAUAUACUUGGGUAAAAAACAGAAAUUGCUGAAAUUGCUUGAAGAAACCCACAUGGUGCCUGCUGACAUGAAAUUUGAUCCCAAGAAAAAAGAAUCUGAUUUCCCCAAGGCAAUAUCAGAUUUGAAGAUUUUGAUUAAAGAAGUUAAAGUACAAAUUCUUGAAAGAAAAGAUAUUGUCAUGCGAAUUGAACUACUCCAGCAUCCAGUGAAUAAUUCACUCUCUGUGAAAACAUCUGAAAGGCUACUUCGCUCUUUGAAGAAUUUGGUCCUCCUUGAAGACACAUUUCCAUUUGAUGGCAAGGAUGUGAAGGUUGUUGUAAAUGCAAUUGAAGAUGAAAUGACACCAGCUUCAACAAGACCUGCGCUUCCAGUGAAGAAGAGGAUGAGUGCUCGGCUGACUGAGUUGAGGGAUAAGAAGGAAUCCAAUGCUGACCUGCCUCCCCCUCCCUAUCCUUCACGAGUUCGCGAUGGGAACAGGGAACGCAGGAAGGGGGUAUGGGGCAAGGAAUCCAAGAGGUGAAAAGGCUUCAUGGGCGCCCGGUGCAAGGCCCUUGUCAACAAGUCAGUACCGUCCCUACCGAGUACCGACCCCUCCCUCCCAGGAUUACUCGUCUGCCCACGAAGAUUGAGCACUUGUAAAGUUGUGUGCUUCAACACGAACUGUCUUCUCCUCUGAAGGCAAGACGCCCGUGACCGACAGCAAAACAAUGUGGCGAAUAGUUUUUGUUGUGCGGAUGUACUUUGGUUCGUUGCUUCUGAGGAUAGAUAGAUGCCAUAGAAGAUCGCAGCAGACCAUUCCAUGCGUACCGUCGCUUUACCUGGGAAAACAGUGGCCUCGACACAACCUUGUAGCCAUGUGAUCGUGUCAACUUCCCAACUGCUGGCUGUUACAAAUGUAGAUGGAUCUAGGAUGCCUGUUUUUGCUGUUAGUCCUCGCUAAUGAGUUGUUGGAACGUGUGCAUAUUAGAACUGUGUUGCGAGUAUCCGUGGCCAGAUGAUUUGUUUGGCGUGGGAGUAGAGUAUCGCCCGGUUGCAUUUGGCCCUGCCACCAUGUUCAAAGGAUGAGCAAUUGAGCAUGCAUGCUUUCAUCAAGGACGUCACGCAUUGUUCACUCCAGAUCUACAACCUCCAAUCUGUACUGUACCCAUUGCUCACUCUUGCAUAAUAGAAUUUUUUUUUCAUCAAUGA